AUGGGCUCGAGUGCCGGGCAGAUAGUAUACGAGGCAGGAGACCCCGACGAGGAACAGGAAAAACAGGAACACGAGGUCGAACAUCAGCAGGGAGUUCAAGAGGAUGAACAUGAUAGGAGCCAAUGGAGAAAUCACAAAAGAACCGUUCAGAUAAGUCACGUUCACCUUGACGGACUUUCGGGUGUCUAUAAAAGAGACGUGCACCUCCUCGAUGGCACAGUCACAGUUACAGCCGAAUCGUUCGAAAUGUUUCCUUCGAUUGUUAGUAUCCUCUUCGUGGCCCUGGCCCUGCUUCAAGUCUCCUCUGCUGUCGAUAUUUCCAAGUACAAGAAUAUUCGAUUGGAAUUCACCAGCAGUGACGGCGUAACACAAACGAAAUUGGGUGACGAUCGUGGAGCAGGCUUCAUUGGAGACUUUAGUGCCGGUCAACGUUACUCGGAUGAAAUUAUUUUCCGUCGAGUUGUGGAAUUUGAAAAUCCAACCAAUAUGGUUCAAAGCACAACUUUGAAUCUAAGCGUUUCUAAUGCAAUCAUCCACUACGUGAGUGCAAGAAACGCGGUUGGAAGUUACGCAGUGGUGUGCAACGAAUCAAACAGUUUAGGAUCAUCAAAGGGUAGCAUCACUCUUCGAGUGCCACCAAAUUCAACGUCUUCGUUAACUUUACUGAUUGCAGCACAUAGUCAGUUACGUAUGAUAUAGACUAUUUCUGAAUUGAGCUUGAUUCCGAACAAUCCUGCCAUGUCUACGAACUUAUAUAGUAUUUCUUUUUUGCUAUUAAAAUAUACAAGGGUGUUUUAAAAUAUUAUAAGAUGUAGGAUUUAAGUAAUAUGUUAAUGUAAAAUAUUGGAAUAAAAAAAAUUUUGAACAAAUGCAGUAUUAUCUAA